AUGGUGUGUGGAGAGCAGGAUAAAGCUAGCCUGAAAGCUUCAGUUGGUAUUGCAUGUGAGGCGUUAUCCGAGAAGUACCUUGGUCUUCCCACAGUGGUGGGCAGGUCCAAGGAGGGCGCCUUCAAGAAUCUGACGGAGAGGUCGCAUGGCAAGGUAGGCGGAUGGAAAGGCCAGGGUUUAUCAAAGGCAGGGAAGGAGGUGCUUGUGAAAUCUGUACUUCAAGCGGUGCCAGCUUAUGCAAUGGGCUGUUUCCAAUUGUCAAAAGGACAAUGCAGUAAGCUGUCUUCGAUCUCGGCACAGUUUUGGUGGGGCGCGGCAGAAUGGAAACGGAAGGUGCACUGGAUUGGUUGGAAGAAGAUGUGUGUUUCCAAGAGAAAGGGUGGAAUGGGCUUCCGUAAUUAUGAGGAUUUCAAUCAAGCGUUGUUGGCCAAACAGGCGUGGAGGAUGGUUACUAACUCUGAUUCAUUGUGUUCGAGGGUAUUGAAGGCGAGGUACUUCAAGCAAGGAGAGUUCCUCUCAGCAGAUUGCCCGAAGAGAGCUUCCUACACUUGGAAGAGCAUUCUACAUGGACGGGAACUGCUAAAGGAAGGCCUCAUUUGGAGGAUCGGAGAUGGAAAAAAGGUGGGGGUUUUGGGAGUGUCCGCAUGCGCGCAGUGUCUGGGAGAUUUUACGAGCGAGAUCAGGCUGCAAAUUGAGUGGCCCGCCUCCAGAUACCCUUCAUACGCGUGCUUUGCAGAGUUGGCUCCUGGAAUGGUUUGGAAGUUUGAGCCAGGGUGA